AAAAAAGAUUGAAGAGUUUCUCGAAUUGCAAGAGCAGUAUAAGUCUCGUGAGGUAGCUAUGACCAGGUCUUUGGAAGAGAGUGGUGAGAAAGUUGUCCAAUUAUCAGAUUCGGUAGCUUUUUUCAAAAGUAUAAUUCCUAAUACGAAAAAGGCCAUUGCAUCAGCAGAAAAGUCUAUUGAUGUAUUAGAGAAUAAAUGCCGGCAUCUGGAGGAUAUUAUUUCUGCUAAGGAUAGAAAAAUUGUCUCUCUUGUUGAUCAGAUCCUUUCCAAUACGAAGCAUAGUGAUAUAACUAUAGAGCCAAAAAUAUAUUCCAGCACUUAUGAAAGGAAUUUAUGGGCAAAGAGGCAUAGUGAAUCUAAACAUGAUCUAGAAACCAGGAAAAAAUAUACAUUUCGUCCUUAGUACCUAAGAAAAUUCUAUUCAUUAGUGAGAAUUUG